UCACGUUGGUUCAACAUUAACCAAGAGAGAGUCAGGACAAUCCCUCAGAUCCCAGGAGCUGACACACUAUGUUGCACGUCCGAGGCCUGGGCCUACCUGGCUUUCUGGCUUUAACUGCCCUGGUUAGCCUGGGACACAGCCAGCAUGCUGCAGUGUUCCUGGCCCCUCAGCAAGCACUGUCACUGCUCCAACGAGUCCGGAGAGCCAACAGUGGCUUCUUUGAGGAGAUGCAAAAGGGCAACCUGGAGCGUGAGUGCAUGGAAGAGCCGUGUUAUUAUGAGGAGGCCUUCGAAGCCCUGGAGUCUAAAAGUGACACGGAUGUGUUUUGGGCCAAGUAUACAGUUUGUAAUUCAGUGAGGACACCCCGAGAGACAUUCAUGGACUGUCUGGAAGGUCGCUGUGCUAUGGAUCGGGGUAAGAACUACCAUGGGACUGUGAAUGUCACUUAUACCGGUAUCGAGUGCCAGCUGUGGCGGAGCCCCUACCCACACAAGCCUGAGAUCAACAUCACCACUGAUCCCGGGGCUAACCUGCAGGAGAACUUCUGCCGGAAUCCAGAUGACAGCACCAAGGGACCCUGGUGCUACACCACAGACCCCACUGUGCGCAGACAAGAAUGCAGUGUCCCUGUCUGUGGCCAAGAUGGCCGUACCACUGUGGAGAUGAUUCCUCGCUCUGGAGGUACCAGGGGCACCCAGGCACCUCCACCGGAGCAGUGCAUCUCUGAGCGUGGCCGGCUGUACCAGGGGAACUUGGCUGUGACAACACUUGGGUCCCCCUGCCUGGCCUGGAACAGCACGUCAGCCAGGGCCCUGAGCAAGUUCCAGGACUUGGAUCCAGAGGUGAAACUCGUGGAAAACUUCUGCCGCAACCCAGAUGGGGAUGAGGAGGGCGUGUGGUGCUACGUGGCGGGACAACCUGGCGACUUUGAGUACUGCAGCCUCAGCUACUGUGACGAGGCGCUGGGAGAGGAGAGCCCGGAGAGCCCGGAGAGCCCGGAGAGCCAGGCUGGGGAAUCCAUCAGAGGGCGCACCACCGACGCAGAGUACCACACCUUCUUCGAUGAGAAGACCUUCGGUUUGGGGGAAGCAGACUGUGGCCUGCGGCCUUUGUUCGAGAAGAAGUCGCUGGAAGACAAAACGGAAAAGAAGCUUCUUGAGUCUUACAUAGAGGAGUGCAUCGUGGAUGGUUGGGACGCUGAGAAGGGUAGCGCCCCCUGGCAGGUGAUGCUUUUCCGGAAGACUCCCCAAGAGCUGUUGUGUGGGGCCAGCCUUAUCAGUGACCGAUGGGUUCUCACUGCUGCCCACUGCAUUCUGUACCCACCCUGGGACAAGAACUUUACUGAGAAUGACCUCCUGGUGCGCAUUGGCAAGCAUUCCCGAACCAGGUAUGAGGCCAACAUCGAAAAGAUCUCCAUGCUGGAAAAGAUCUUCAUCCACCCCAGAUACAACUGGCGGGAGAACCUGGACCGAGACAUCGCUCUGCUAAAGCUCAAGAAGCCUGUGACCUUCAGUGACUACAUUCACCCUGUGUGCCUGCCGGAUAAGCAGACAGCAUCCAGCUUGCUCCAGGCUGGGCAUAAAGGGCGGGUGACAGGCUGGGGCAACCUCCGGGAGCCGUGGACAACCAGCAUCAGCGAGAUACAGCCCAGCGUCCUGCAGGCGGUAAACCUGCCCAUUGUAGAGUGGCCUGUGUGCAAAGCCUCUACCCAGAUACGCAUUUCUGACAACAUGUUCUGUGCUGGUUUCAAGGUGAAUGACACCAAUAGAGGAGAUGCUUGUGAAGGUGACAGUGGGGGACCUUUUGUCAUGAAAAACUUUAAUAAUAACCGCUGGUAUCAAAUGGGCAUUGCCUCAUGGGGUGAAGGCUGUGAUCGGUAUGGAAAAUAUGGCUUCUACACACACGUGUUCCGCCUGAAAAAAUGGAUACAGAAAGUCAUUGAUCGAUUUGGCUAGAUGGAUUUUGUGUGUGUGUGG